GAAGUAAAGACAACCUAGCGCCAAGUAUCAUGCUGUCGUUUUCAUCUGCUGCCUCACUUGUCUUUCGACAAUAUGAUGAGCCUGUUUGUACUCCAUGCGGAUAUCUCUUUUGUUUGCAAUGUGUCACGAAUCACCUUUCGAGUACUUCGCCUGAUGGUUUCACUGGCUCUUGUCCUAAAUGCCGCAUUUACUACACCCGCGCCGUCCAGGUCAAACUCCUUCCUGGAAGAUUUCGUCAAUUUAUCAUGCCCCGCCUUCGACAUGGAUAUUUUGACCGGGCGUUGGUGGAACAAAACGGAGCUCUUGUUCAAAACCCGGAUGUUGCGAGGGUUCAGCUGUUCUUUUCCGGGUGUUGCCUGGAUCAGGCCAGCGUGAGGCUUGCAGCUUUAGAGAAAACGAACAGAGAGGACGAAGCCGCGCAGGCCGGUACAAGUUCGAAGGAUCCAGCUACCACCGCUCCAACCAACAGUGUUUAUAGCCAGCGCCGGAAGUCUUUCGGGAAUGCCGUCAAAGCGUUGAAGUCGGCGGUUGAUAAGUCUCUGAUGUCUUGGGUGUAAUUUUAACGAUUCUAACGCUUCAAAUAUAUUAUUUUGCGGCUCUUCAAG